CAACCCAAAGGGUUCUCGCAAAAAAGGAGCCAAGACUCCAUCCACACAUGACAAGAGCCCGGAAGAAGCGUCAUCCUCUGACACUGGCCCAGACCGCGACCGUUUGUUGGCCACCACACUUUGUCGCCUUGCCCGCCCAGCUGAGGGUCUGAAAAGCUAAAACAGGCUUGAGAACCACUUUACAGUGGGCUCCUCCUCCCUUUGACGCCCAAAAACAUUCGACGGCCAUCUAGAUUUCUUUUCCACCACCCUACCGACCCGCUCCUCUUUCUCGAUUCCCAUCAUGCCUGGUAUGACAACCUAUAUCUAAAGAAAGGCGCCCCAGCGCGAAAACACCGCCGCCCACCCACGGAAGGGAUACUCCUGAAUUGUUAUUAUUAUUUUUCCCCCUGUUACUAUUUCGUUUUUUCCAGCCGUCAACCAAAUGAUGGCUCUCCAGCGCAUUCUGUGCCUGGGACUGCUGUACCAUGGCGUCAUUGCCAGGCUCUCGGGUUCAGGUCCAACUGCGGCGGCGGCAGAGCAGCACAUACUGUCGAAUUCUGCCCCGCGAAAAGGGCUGCACGGCAGGUUCCUGCAUAUCACAGACAUCCAUCCCGAUGAAUUCUACAAAGUGCACUCAUCCACAGACGAAGACGACGGAUGCCACAAGGGCGAAGGGCCAGCAGGGCCGUACGGUGCCGAGACGACCGAUUGCGAUUCGCCGUACUCGCUGGUGAAUGCGACGUUUGACUGGAUUGAGGCGAAUUUAAAAGACAAGAUUGAUUUUGUCGUGUGGACGGGCGACACGGCGCGUCACGAUCGCGACGAUGAUUUGCCCCGCACGCAGGACCAGGUGCUCGGGACCAACACCUGGAUUGCGGACAAGUUUGCCGAGAUGCUCAGGAACGAGGAGACGGGACAUGGGAUGAGCAUACCGGUUGUGCCGACGUUCGGGAAUAACGAUAUCUUGCCGCAUAACAUUUUGCUGCCGGGGCCGAAUAAGUGGUUGCAGACGUAUACGCACAUCUGGAGGCAUUUUAUCCCAGAGGCGCAGAGGCAUAGCUUUGAGUUUGGAGGCUGGUUCCACGUCGAGGUUAUUCCGAAUCGGUUGGCGGUGUUCAGCUUGAAUACGCUGUACUUUUUCGACCGGAAUGCGGGUGUGGAUGGAUGUGAGAACCCAUCCGAGCCAGGGUUUAAGCAGCUGGAGUGGUUGAGAGUGCAGUUGGAGUUUAUGAGGGAGAGGGGAAUGAAGGUUAUCUUGAUGGGCCAUGUCCCGCCAGCGAGGACGGACAGCAAGAAGCUUUGGGAUGAGACUUGCUGGCAAAAGUACACGCUCUGGCUGCACCAGUAUAGGGAUGUGGUUAUCAGCGGGAUGUAUGGGCACAUGAACAUCGAUCACUUCCUUAUCCACGACACCCACGACGUCGACAUCGCCUUCUUGAACGGUCUAUCACCCGAAUUCGGCGUUCGCGAGUACUUGGACGAUGAGCUUACGAUUCAGGGUGGCACCGAUUAUCUGAUGGAACUCCGCGAUGACUGGUCCAAGCUGACACCCCCAACUGUGCCGGGCAAGUCGAACGAAGUGAAUCAGGACGGAAAGAAGGGCAGAACCAGAAAGCCAAAGCGCAAGGAUCCUUGGGGGGAGCGAUAUGUGUUGUCGCUGGUCAGCCCCAGCAUCGUACCAACGUAUUUCCCCACGUUACGCGUGGUGGAAUACAACAUCUCUGGCCUUGAGAACACACCUCUUUGGCGCGACAUGCCUGGCAAUGGCGCGAAGAACUCGUCGCACCCUGCCAGUGCCCCGAGCGCACCUCCGAAGCACCUCGACCUGCGAAGCUUGUCGCCGAUAGACGACCUGAGCGAUUCCUUCGAAAAUGUCGAAACCGACGAGAAGAAAAAGAAGAAGGGCGGCAAACGCCCAGAGAAGGACAAGAAGCCUCACGAUCCCAACCUCAUCAUUCCUCCUCCACCAGCGAAGACGAGCCCUCCCGGACCUGCGUAUUCUCAGCAGCCUCUGAGCUUGACAGGGUACACACAGUACUUUGCUAACCUAACGCACAUCAACAACCUCAACCUUACCGAUUUGAACAGCGUCGAGCCAACAACAACCAACAGCCUUCUCUCCCUGCUCCAAUCCUCGAAAUCGUGGCUUAUGAAGUGGCGAAAGGGGAAGAACGGAGGGAAGAAGCCGCUGACACCGAAACCGGACCCGAGAGAAUUUGCUUUUGAAGUCGAGUACAGCACUUUCAAUGACAAGAUCUACAAGCUGGGAGAUUUGACGGUGAACAGCUUUGUGGAGUUGGCGUAUAGGAUUGGGCAGAAGGCCAAGGGCAAGAGUCUGGUUGAGAUGGCUGGCGAUGAAGAGGUGAGAGAUGUUGAGGAGGAGCAUGACUAUGAUGAGUCCGAUUUUGAGUCGGACAGUGACUCUGAUGAUGAAGAGAUGGAGGCUGAGGCAAAGAAGGGGGACAAGAAGAAGGGAGACAAGAAAAAGAAGGGCAAGAAAGGGGACAAGAAGAAGAAGAAGAAGGGGAAGAGGAACAAGACCUGGCUGCAUUUUUUGAGUCAUGCGUUUGUUGGGACGUUGGAUAAGGGUGAGCUGAAGAGGUACUCAUGAUUUGGUUUCUACCAAGCAGGAGUGAUACGAGGGAUUGCUCAGCUGGGGCGAUCUGUGUGGUUAUCUGCUGGUUCAUGGGGCGGGUACUUGCAUGCAUCUAUGGCGUUAUGUUUUCAAGGGAGGUUUUUUUUUUUUUUUUUUUAUGGUUCAUACUAUACCUGGACAGUGUUGCAUUGAAGACGGAAAAGGGGGCAAAAGAAGAGUGCAAGAAGCGUUGGAGUCUCACGGCAUCAUGUUGGCAUGGAGUGGAUAGAUUCUUCUGCUGGGAUUUACGUGGUGAAUUCAAGGGGCUCGAUGGAGCUAGAACAUGUAGGAAAUAGGUAAUACAAAGAUCAAAACAUUUAUCUAUAAGACUUUAUUGCGGCUUGCUAAGAG